AUGCUUAGUCCCAAAAGAACCAGAUUCCGUAAACAACAUAGAGGAAGAAUGAAGGGGAUAUCUUCUGGAGGUAAUCAUAUUUGUUUCGGUAAAUAUGCUCUUCAAGCACUUGAACCUGCUUGGAUCACAUCUAGACAAAUAGAAGCAGGUCGACGAGCAAUGACACGAAAUGCACGUCGUGGGGGAAAGAUAUGGGUACGCAUAUUUCCAGAUAAACCAGUUACUGUACGACCCGCGGAAACACGUAUGGGUUCGGGAAAAGGAUCCCCUGAAUAUUGGGUAGCUGUUGUGAAACCCGGUCGAAUACUUUAUGAAAUGGGUGGAGUAACAAAAAAGAUUGCCAGAAGAGCUAUUUCAAUAGCAGCAUCCAAAAUGCCUAUACGAACUCAAUUCAUUAGUUCGGAGAUAGAAGAAAAAUCUAAAACCACCCGAAAGGAAUCUUAG